AUGGAAGAUCCGCCCCAGAACCCUCCGGGGGAUAGGCUCGCCAAUCAGCAAAAGUUGCCGACCGUUCAAGUUGAUGGCAUCCCCGCGCCGGCUGCAUCGGUCGCAGAAUUCGGAUCAACAACGACCAAGAACGAGCCCGGUGCAGUUCGCUCGGAAACCAAGAAUUCUGCCAAAGUUGCUAUCCCCCGUCAACGCUCGGGGAUCGCCCCACGCUAUAACCGGCGUGUCCCUCGCGCUUGCGAAUCCUGCAGGCAGCGCAAAACGAAAUGCAGUGGCGACACCCCGGUCUGUCGUCAGUGCCGGGAACUGAGGGUGACAUGCCAUUAUCCCGUGGGAUGGAAGGAGAGAACGAAGAAACAAGUUGAGAAACUAUCCGACAAAGCACAAGAUUAUGAGAAUAUGCUGAAAGACUUGGGAUCCUUUGUUGAGUCUCGCACUGCAGACCGGAUCAGGAGCUUGCUGGAAAAGCACGGUCUGGACCAGGACUACUCGUCGAAUAAUUCCCAUUCAGUUACCCCACAAGAUGAGAUCCAAGAUGAUGCACCUGACGGGGAUGAUAUAAGUUCGCCUUCGUCGAUUGGGUCUUUGGAAGCGAUCGAUCGCGUGGAAGAGGACCUGAACCGGACUGAAAAAUCGCGAGCAACAGGCUUUAUGGGAAAGAACUCGGAAGUCACUUGGAUGCAGCGUCUCCAGAGAGAGGCAGAGCAUCGUUCUCGAGGAUUGCCCGGGUCUUUAGAGCCGGGUCAAAGCAAACGACAGGACGAUGACCUGGCCCUUCAUGCCGUGAAUUACCACUUGGACGACAUGGACAUCUCCGUUCCUGGUCCGGUAGAACUCUAUGGCAUGCCUCCUCGCGAGCACGCUGAUCAACUUUUUGACGAUUACUUACGAACUGUGCACCCGUUCUUCCCUAUCAUCAACCGGCCCCUUUUCCGCGCGCAAUACAAGACCUUUUUCGAAAGCAACGCGCAACCGGGGGACAAGUGGCUUGCCAUAUUGAAUAUGAUCUUUGCCAUCGGUGCAAAGCAUGCCCAUCUAAUUGAGGCACCUUGGGCCGGAGAUGAAAAGGACCACCUCAUGUACUUGACCCGUGCCAGAAUUCUGAGUAUGAACGGCGACGUACUGUUCAGCCACCCAGACCUGCAGCAGGUCCAAGUUGAGGGCCUAGUUGCCUUCUACCUACUUUCAUCAGAUCAGAUCAACCGGGCAUGGAGGAUGUCGGCUCUUGCUGUACGGUCUGCUAUUACCCUCGGCAUAAAUAUGAAGAGCAGUAGUCCUACAACUCCGAAUAUCUCCAAAGAGGCUCGCUACCGAGUCUGGUGGUGUCUCUAUACCUUUGAGCAUUUGCUUGGCAUUAUGACUGGUCGGGCAACUUGUAUCUUAGAUGGAGUCUGCACAACGCCACUACCUCUUCCAUUUGAAGAGGAAGAUCUAUCGGAGCCUAUUGCUGCCGAAAUACUCAAUAAUUCGCACCUUCGGGAUGAUCGUGUUAACCAGGUGAUGGCGAGUGCGUGGGUUCGGCAUAUGCCACUCAACCCGCCGGGUGGCAAAGAAUCCAGCCCCUCUUCUCGCGCACGAGACAAUUCAUGGGUGAAAAGCCUGCCGUUUAGCUAUGGACUCACCUAUCUUUACUACUGCGAUCUGGCAGUCAUUACCCAGGAGAUUGUGAACAAAGUGUACUCGGUGGACUGCGUGAUGGUGCCAUGGGCACAUAUCGAGAAUCGCAUUGGUGAACUGAGGUCUCGCUGCGACCUCUGGUACCGAAGUCUUCCGAACGUCCUCGACUUUACCCAGAAGAAUGAUGACGGCCCCGACGUCCUCCGCAGCAAGCUGGCUUUGGCAUUCCAAUACUACAGUGCACGAAUUACCCUGGGCCGCCCAUGCCUGUGCCGGCGCGAUGCGCAGCAGAAGAAUCCGGCCGACAGAUCAUGCUUCAGUCACGAUAUGGCCGUGCUCACCCUGGAAUCUGCCAUGCGCAUGCUUGAUCUUGUCCCGGAUGAGCCAAAUGCCGUCCAGCUCUAUCAGAUCUCCCCUUGGUGGUGUAUUUUGCACUACCUCAUGCAAGCAGCCACGAUUCUCCUUCUCGAGCUAUCUUUCGGAAGUGUCCAUAUGCCCGACGACGAGAAGAACUUCAUUGCGUUUGCCAAGAAGGCCAUUCGGUGGCUCUUCGCCAUGUCUGAACACAGCGUUGCGUCCCGUCGCGCAUGGCAACUGUGCGAUCUUUGCUUGCGUAGACUGGCAACUGGGAUGAAAUUCGAAGUGAACGACAUGCCCACAUUCACCUAUCAAACAGCACCCACCUCCACUCUGGACUGUACCGACCCUGGCCAUCAUCCCAACCAACCCAUAAACAUUGACCGGUCCGGAUCGCAUCGAACGGACUCUGCCGGUUACUGGGGUCCUCACUUCGAAGAUUUGAACCUGACCGGCCAAAAUCUCCCCACCGACCACUUCUAUAACGCCUUCUCCGACGUGCCUACAUCUGACCCCACGGCCUCACUUACCAUCGAUGGCUCGAUGGCGGACGAUCUUUACUUCCCGUACGAUCCCAUCAGUGGCGAGUUCAUCCGCAGCUUCUUCCCUCAUGGCAAUGAAGAAGAGUCGUUGUGGGGCCAAAACUGA